GCUACUCUGCGUCCGACUGCUAGUUUAGCUGUUGCUGCUAGUUUCAGGAGGCGACGAGCCUGUGGAGAAUUUGAGCUGCUGCUCGCGGAGGCAACCCGCCGCAGGAGGAGUUCAACUGCUGCUUCCGGUGGCAGCACGCCGGAGAAGGAGCUGAGCUGCUGCUCCCGGAGGCAACACGCCGGAGGAGGAUCUGAGCUUCCGCUCCUGGAGGAGACACGUCUUCUCUGGCACUGCUGCCACGCUGAGCCCCAGGUCUUCUCCGCCGUCUGCGUUGUCCAUCCAUCUCAGAGAAAAAUUAGCCAGCAACAAUGGCGAUGGUGCUGGAUGCAUUUGCAUCCUACCUGGUGGACAUGCUCACGCAGGCAGCAACAGAUGAGGUGAAGAUGAUGUUGGGCGUCACCGGCGAGAUUGAAAAGAUGGGAGACAAGCUUCGGGACCUCAAGAACUUCCUGGCCGAUGCCGAUAGGAGGAACAUCACCGACGAGACUGUUCGAGAGUGGGUGGGUCUGCUCAAGCGUGCCAUGUACGAAGCUACUGACAUCCUUGACCUCUGCCAGCUCAAGGCCAUGGAGCGUGGACCAUCCUCGGUAAACACAGGGUGUUUCAAUCCCUUGCUCUUCUGCAUGAGGAACCCCUUCCAUGCUCGUGAGAUCGGCACCCGCAUCAAGGCGCUCAAUCAGAGGCUUGACGAUAUCAAGGAACGGAGCACUGCUUUCAAAUUUAUCAAUCUUGGGUCCUAUGAGGAUCAUCGCAGCAACACCCAUGCCUCUCACCAUGGUAAUCUAGGCCAGGAGACGGUAGGGGACUUUGACCGGUCGGCUAUUGUUGGAGACAAGAUUGAAGAAGACACAAGAGCACUGGUGGCCCAGAUCAUGCAGACUGGAAAGGAUGUCAACAAUGGCAUCAAGGUGGUUGCUAUCGUAGGUGUUGGUGGGAUCGGCAAGACCACCCUCGCCCAGAAGGUCUUCAAUGAUGAGGCAAUCCAAGGUGAAUUCAGCAAAAAGAUAUGGUUGAGCAUCAACCAAAACUCCAGUGAAGUUGAGCUGCUGAGAAGAGCUGUCGUCGGUGCCGGUGGAAAUGCCCAGCUGGCUGGGAAUGCAAAGGAUGCGCUUCACCGAGCCCUAAUGCAGGCCUUGAAGGACCACAAGACCUUGCUGGUAAUGGAUGAUGUGUGGGAUGAUGGAGCUUGGGAGCGUGUGCUCAAAAUACCCUUGGCCAAUGGUGCUGCUUCAGGCAGCCGUGUCCUCAUCACAACUAGAGAUGAACGUGUCGCCCAAGGGGUGGCAGCUAUACGGCCGUACCACCACGUCGACACAUUAGCGCCCGAUGACGCUUGGUCAUUGCUCAAGAAGCAGGUACUUUCAAAUGAGAUAGAUGAAGACCAUAUCAGUACGCUAAAGGAUAUCGGAUUGAAACUUAUAAAAAAAUGCGGUUGCUUACCACUUGCCGUUAAAGUAAUGGGAGGACUCUUGCGUCAAACAGGGGGGCUACGUCGUGACUGGGAGCAGGUUUUGGAUGAUUCUAACUGGUCAACAACAAAAAUGCCCCAAGAGCUCAACCACACAGUAUACUUAAGCUAUGAACAUAUGCCUUCUUAUCUGAAGCAGUGCUUUCUAUUCUACUCUCUUCUUCCAAAAAGUAGAAUUUUUAAUCUGGAUCAAGUUGUUGCAAUGUGGAUUAGUGAAGGAUUUAUUCAUGGAAAUUCUAUUGAUUUGGAAGAAUUGGGAGAAAAUUACUACAAGGAGUUGGUAUCUAGGAACCUGAUAGAGCCAGAUAAAUCAUAUGUUGAUCUAUGGGUUUGCAGCAUGCAUGAUGUUGUUCGCUCAUUUGCUCAGUAUAUGACUAAAGAUGAAGCACUCGUGGCUCAAGAUGGAGAAAAUGAUAUUCUUGCUAAACUUAGUAUACAAAACUUUCUUCGGUUGUCCAUAGAAACUAACCAAUCACAAUCAGGUGAACUUGAUUGGAAAUGUCCACAGGCGCAGCAAUCAGUGAGAACAUUGAUCUCAACUAUCAAGAUUAAGAUGAAGCCCAGUGAUUCACUGGCUACUUUUUCUAGUUUGCGGACUCUGCAUAUGGAAUCUGCAGAUAUAGCUGUAUUGCUUGAAUCAUUGCAUCAGCUCAAGCACCUGAGGUAUCUUGCACUAGUAAAUGCUGAUAUAUCUGUACUUCCAGAGAACAUUGGCAAGAUGAAACUGUUGCAAUUCCUUGUCCUUGUUGGAUGUAUAAAAUUGGUGAAUCUUCCUGAUAGCAUUGUGAAGCUUGGCCAGCUGAGGUUACUUUCACUUCCAGGAGCAAGUAUGGUACCUAGAGGGUUCAGUGGUCUGACAAAUAUGAGGAAACUAAGUAUGUUUCGAGCUCACAUGGAUGAUGAUUGGUGCAGUUUGGAUGAGUUGGGGCCUCUUUCCCAGCUCAGGUUUCUUGAAUUAGUUCAAUUGGAGAAUGUAUCUGCUGCCUCAUUUGCUGCUAAUGCUAGGCUCAGUGAGAAGAUGCAUCUUAUCACGCUGAUGCUGGCAUGUACCAGUAAACUUGGAAACGAUGGGUUGGUCAAAGAGAAGGAAGGUGUCUUUGAGGAAGAGCAACAACGAAUUGAGAAGGUUCUCGAUAAGCUCUGCCCUCCAUCUACUGUAGAAGUUCUUGAACUCAAGGGGUAUUUUGGCCGGCAACUCCCAAGAUGGAUGAUGUCCACAUCAAUGGUGCCCCUCAACAACUUGAAGAUUAUAUUGUUUAGUGAUCUGGCUUGUUGCACACAACUUCCCAAUGGGUUGUGCCAGCUCCCCAAUCUGCAGUUCCUACAGGUCUCUCGUGCUCCAUGCAUCAAACAUGUAGGGACUGGAUUCUUGCAGGUGGCAGUAGCUUCAUUUCCGAGGUUAAAUAAAUUGGUCUUGAAAGGAAUGGUGGAAUGGGAGGAGUGGGAGUGGGAGGAGCAAGUACAAGCCAUGCGCCGUUUGGAGGAACUUGUGCUCAGUGAAUGCAGACUGAGGCAUGUUCCUCCAGGCCUUGCCUCCGAUGCAAGCUCUUUGAAAUUAUUAAUUCUACAUCAAGUCAAGCACCUUACCAACAUUGAGAGCUUUCCUUCUGUUGUUGAGCUUUUACUGAAUGGAUGCCCCGAUCUGGAGAGGAUCACCGAUCUCCCCAAUCUGCAGAAGCUUACCAUCGAGAACUGCCCAAAGUUGAAGGUGUUGGAGCAUAUCCCUUCACUCGAGAGGCUGGUCCUGAAGGAUUACGCCAUGGAAAAACUCCCAGAAUACAUGCGAGACAUAAAGCCAAGGCAUCUGCAGUUAUUCUGCAGGCUAUGGUUGCUCUCUGCGGUAGCCGCGGGACAAUCUGGCACUGAGUGGGACAAGUUCAGCCAAGUGGAGCAUGUCAAGGCAUAUGCAGGUGAUGGAGACAACCCAAGAAAAUGGUAUGUUUUGUACACGAGAGGAGACAACUGCAAGUUGGAUUCAAAUAUUAGCAACUCUAUCAUAUUUGAAGAAACCUUAUCAUCUUCUAUGGUGGAUGCACAAGGAUUUGACUCUGUGUACAAAAUGAGAAGAAGUACCUUCAGUUACGUCUGCAGCUUGGUGAGGAUCCCAUUUUUGGAAGAUAUGAUGGCAAGGGAUCACACUUUUGUUGAUGGGAGAUUGUUGUCUUUGCAAGACAGAGUAGCUGUCGCUCUGAGGGUACUGAGCUCUGGUGACUCUCCGGUUACCGUAGGAUUCUCUCUUGGAGUGAACGAGUCAACUGUCUCGCUGGUAACUCAGGUGUUUGUUGAGGCUAUGUGCCAGCGAGCAAUGCACCACUGCAGCUGGCCUGGCUCCACUAAAAUGGAGAAGAUCAAGCACAAGUUUGACAAUAUGCACGGCCUCCCAAACUGUUGUGGUGUUGUACGUACAGAUCACAUCACGUUUGGAUCACAAAACCCUGACCAUGAGGAGAAUGACGUGGUGCUAGUGCAAGUUGUCGUUGAUCCAGAUAUGAGGAUCACGGAGGUUUGGUUGGACGGUGAUCUCUUGGAGGGCAUUGAGGAAUAUGCUUGGCUGAAUGGCGGUAAGGUGAAGUUAUCAGAUGGCUCGGAGGUCAGGGAAUACAUCAUUGGUGAUUCAGGAUACCCUAUUCGUCCAUGGUUCCUUACACCUUACCAGUUAGAAAAUGGUCUCCCGCUCUCAGAGUCCAAAAGGGAAUUUAACAGGAGACACUCUGCAGCUACAGCCAUCGCGCCGAGGGCGUUGGCAAGGUUGAAAGACACGUGGAAGUGCCUGCAAGGAGAAGGGUGGCAUCCAGAUAAUCAAUUUGAGAUGCAGUUGACAGUCGGCGCGUGCUGCAUGUUGCACAACAUAGUGAUAGACUUGGAGGAGGAUGAGGGUGCAAGCAUGCCGAGCGGCCACGGGGGGAUUUACGUUGAGAAAGCGUGGAAGUUAGCAGAGCAGGAUGCUGUCAGGGUGAGGGAUGCACUGUCCCAGCACUUGACCGGAUCUGGAGUUCACACAAUGGUUGCAGAGGAGGAAGAAGCAGAUGUAGCAGCAGUUGCAUCUGGUUCAGAAGAUGGAAACAAGGAACACGAUGCACGCCAACGACAAAAGGCAGAUCGAGGAAAGGAGAAAGUGCAUGAUAGCUAGCUAGAAAGAAAGGUGGAAGCGAGACUACCCGGGCUAGGCCUAGCUUGGACAUCCUCAUCCUGCUGCUGCUCAGCCUACACUAUUGAAUUACAUCCGGCAGUAGGUUGUCAGGCGAAAACACAAGCAUUCUGUAAUUUAUAUUAUUGGCAACAAGAAAGCUUUUAUGAGAUUGAGAGAACAACUAGUAAUGUAGCUACAUGGAGACGGAAGACAGUGUGUAAUUUGUUUUGUUUCAGUUGCUUGCCUGUAACCUGAAGGAAGAACUUGUGAACAUAUAUAAUGGCAGCGCUUGAGUCUUGUUUUUGGGCA